UCGGGCACGGCUCACCGGACCAUGCUUCCGCCUGUCUAUGCGGGCAUGGUUAGAAUAGACUACACUGCAUCUCUAAAACACCAACUUCUUCAUUUGGUCGCCUCAAGGGAGAAGAAUACCGCGUCGCCCGUUGAGAAUCGCCGGCCUGCUGCAUGCUGGCUCCCGGCGAUGAUCUCGACCUGGUCAGACUUCUCCGGCACAGGGUCGCUACCGGAGAGCCGUUCGCGGCCGGCAGCAGUAUCCGGGAGGCGGACGUCUGCUCAGCUCCCCCCGCAGACCUCACACGCGACCAUGGUCUGGGCAUGGACCUCGGCGAGGGGAAAGGGAAGGCUUAUUUCUUCUGCAGCCCCGCCAAUUACACUGUGCACCCGGGUGUGCGGAGGCGAAAGCGCAAGGUCGACAGCAGCGCUGACGCCGGUGGGCCGUGCUUCUGGCACCCCGAGGCGGGACAGGUGCCCAUUCUAGACCCGGAUAAGAAAUCAGUUGGGGCGCAUAAGCGCAAGCUCUCCUACGUUUGCAAGAUCAAGAAUCCGCCUGGUUCCACAAAGGCGCAUCGAAACCAAAGUCUUGGUUGGAUCAUGGUCGAAAUUGGGCUCGAGCAGCAGCAGCAACUGGUGCUCUGCAAGGUGUACGAGUCACAUCGGCCUCGCUCGGGCGCUGAGGCAUCCACUACGGAAGCCUGCGGCGGGAGGACAUGUCCAGCGCCACCGCCUGCUGCGGCUACUCCUGCUCCGUCGUGUGAUUACCAGGCAACGGAACGUAAAACAAGGCCAUUGGAGUACGAUCAUCACUUCCCGGGGCCGGGGGUCGGCCGGAAGCCGCCUCCCUCCUUCAAGCAUGCCAGACGGUGUGGGAACACGAGUGGCGUUGCUAUUAGGAUGAAGGCGGCGCCGGUGGCGGCGGUGACCGUGGUGAUGAAAUUUGGUGGGUCAUUGACGCAGUCGGCCGAUAAGAUGAAGGAGAUGGCGAAGCUUGUCCGCAGCCUCCCGGAAGGAGGCGGGGAGUCUCCUGUGGUUGUUUUGUCCGCCAUGGGGAACACUACCAACAACCUUCUCCUGGCCGCAAGGAAGGCGCUGAGCUGCCACCACCAAGAGGUGAGCGAAAUCAGCGAGCUCGUCGAUACAAAGGAGCUGCAUUUCAGGGUGAUUGAUGAUCUUGGACUGCAUAGCUCGAUUGUUUCAGGUUCACUGGAUGAGUUGGAGAACAUUUUUAGGACGAUUGCUUUCAUGACAGAGAUGACUGCUAGGACACGAGAUUACCUUGUUUCCUUUGGUGAACACAUGUCUACACGAAUAUUUUCUGCAUAUUUAAAUAAACUUGGGGAAGGGGUACGGCAGGAAUGGGAAUCGUAUGCUGUCAAUACUUGUGGAAGGGGUGGUAGCGACCUGACUAUGACUACCAUUGGCAGAGACUUGAAAUCAAAAGAAAUCCAGGUUUGGAAGGAUGUAGACGGCGUGUUGACAUGUGAUCCCAAAGUUUAUGCAAAUGCGAUACCACGACCGUACUUGACUUUUGAUGAGGCAGCCGAACUUGGGUUGUUUGAUGGACAGUCAAUGCAACUAGCUAUGGAAGGUGGCAUACAAGUUACAGUUAAGAACUUAUGCAACCCUCAAGCACCUGGCACUCUAAUUACUAAAACAAGAGAUAUGAGCAAGAGUGUAUUAACAAGCAUCGUGUCGAGAUCAAAUAUUACCGUGCUGAACAUAGAGAGCACAAGGAUGCUAGGCCAUUCUGUUUUCGUAGCAACGUCCUUUUCAACGUUUGGAAAUUUCAGCAUAUCCGUCGAUUGUGUGGCUAUUAGUGAAGGCAGGAUAUCCUUGAUAGUAGUUCCAACAAAACUAUCGAGUCAUGAAUUGAUCCAGCUGGAGCUUGAUAAUGUAGUGGAAGAGCUUGAAAAGUUUGCAGUUGUUCAUCGACAACGAGGAAGAUCGGUUAUCUCCCUGACAGGUGGCACACACACAUCACAAACCAUUCUUGUGAAGGCGCUCAAUGUUCUACAGAGCAUUACUGUUGAGGUCCAAAAGUUCUCGCAAGGAUCGUCCAAGGUGAUUAAGGUUUCUUUUGUGGUCGAUGACUGUGAGGUAAAACAUUGUGUGCAAGCCCUCCAUUCAGCAUUUUUUGAGGAGGGCUUCGUAUCAGCGGCCAGCUCCGGCGACAAAAGAAAGGCAGAUGGCGACCACCCAGAGGCUCUGCAAAGGAUGGACACUGACCGCAGCAGUGGUGUGGAAGAAACAGAGCACAGAGCGUUCUCUUACAAGGCCACGAACCCGACCGAGGACGAUAGCGGGAAUUUGGACUGCGUAAAGACCACCGGUGGACAUCAACUUGAUCCCGAGCAGCCGUCUAAUAUUGACGACUACCCGGGACCUCCAAUUGGAGGUGACAACGGUGGAUAUCAGACGGACAUGACAUGCCUCGGUUCAGGACUUGAAGACUUCUUCGACGAGAAUGACUGCAGGUUUCUAGAUGGCACACUCAUUAACCAUUCUGUCGACACGGACUUAUCGUGGUCCCCCAUGGCAGAAUUAUGA